AAAUAGUAAAAGAUUUUUCUGCUUGAUUUUGAAACAUGGCUAGUUCAGUUACCGGCGAUGCAGAAACAGUUAAAUCAGCAGAUUCAAGCACCAAACGCCGCGGUGGAGGUUGGAUCACCUUUCCGUUUAUGAUAGUUACGUUGUUAGGCUUGACAAUAGCUGCGUGGGGUUGGUUACUUAACUUGAUCGUCUACUUGAUUGAGGAAUUCAACGUGAAGAGCAUCGCAGCGGCUCAGAUUGCUAACAUUGUUAGUGGUUGUAUCUGUAUGGUUCCAGCUAUUGCAGCCAUUGCAUCUGACUCUUUCUUUGGAACCAUUCCUGUUAUCUCAGUUUCAGCUUUCAUUUCUCUUAUGGGUGUAGCUCUACUGACUCUAACCGCUUCACUUGACUCUUUAAGACCUAGAGCCUGUGAAACAGCUUCAAGCCUAUGCCAAUCUCCUUCGAAAACCCAGCUCGGAGUCCUUUACACGGCCAUAACUCUAGCUUCUAUAGGAACAGGUGGGACACGGUUCACAUUAGCAACUGCUGGUGCGAACCAGUAUGAAAAAACUAAAGACCAAGGAAGCUUUUUCAACUGGUUUUUCUUCACUACGUAUCUUGCCGGAGCUAUAAGUGCAACCGCCAUUGUAUACACUGAAGACAACAUCAGCUGGACCUUGGGGUUUGGUCUGUCCGUAGCUGCUAACCUCUUCAGUUUUUUGGUUUUCAUCUCGGGGAAAAGAUUCUACAAGCACGACAAGCCUUUGGGAAGUCCCUUCACAAGUCUACUAUGCGUCAUUUUCGCCGCGGUACGCAAAAGAAAAGCUGUGGUUUCCACCAACGAAAAAGACUACCACAAUGAAUCUAUCACAAUGCCCACAAAGAGUUUCAGGUUCUUUAACCGUGCAGCGUUGAAACAAGAAGACGAGGUUAAACCAGACGGCACAAUUCGUAAUCCCUGGAGACUAUGCAGCGUUCAACAAGUAGAAGAUUUCAAAGCAGUCAUAAGAAUCAUCCCUCUUGCGUUAGCUACAAUAUUCUUAAGCACUCCAAUUGCAAUGCAGCUAAGCUUAACAGUUCUUCAAGUGCCUAAGAAAACGAUCUCGCGAUUCUCGGGCUGCUUCUUGAUGUUUUCUGUUUUUGACAUGGACACUCAUGACAUUAUUUCCCAUGAUGCAGAAGCACCGAUGUCAGCAGAUUCUAGCACCAGACGCUUUGGCGGCAGGAUCACCUUUCCGUUUAUGAUAGUCACUCUGUUUGGCCUGACAUUAGCUACGUUGGGAUGGUUACUGAACUUGAUUGUCUUCUUGAUCGAAGAGUUCAACAUGAAGAGCAUCGCAGCCGCGAAGAUUCUCAACAUUUUUAGUGGUUUUACCUUUAUGUUCCCAGCCAUUGGAGCCAUUGCAGCUGAUUCUUUCUUCGGGACAAUUCCUGUUAUCUCGGUUUCAGCAUUCAUUUCUCUAGUGGGCUUAGUUCUGCUGGCUCUAACCACUUUGUUUGACUCUUUAAGACCCCAAGCCUGCGAAACAGCAUCAAGCUUAUGCCAAGCCCCUACAAACAUCCAGCUCGGUGUCCUUUACACGGCAAUAACUUUAGGCUCUGUGGGAGCAGGUGGGCUGCGGUUCACCUUGGCUACCGCUGGUGCGAACCAGUAUGAAAAAACUGAAGACCAAGGCAGCUUUUUCAACUGGUUUUUCUUCACAUGGUAUCUAGCUGCCUCUAUAAGUGUAACAGCCAUUGUCUACGCCGAAGAAAAUAUCAGCUGGAGUUUUGGGUUUGGUCUAAGUGUAGCUGCUAAUCUGUUAGGCUUGAUGGUUUUCAUCUCUGGGAAAAGAUUCUACAAGCAUGACAAGCCUUUAGGAAGUCCCUUCACAAGUUUACUUCGCGUCAUCUUUGCUGCAUUACUUAAAAGAAAAGCUGUGGUUUCCAUCAACGAGAAAGACUACCACAGCGAAUCAAAGAAGCCGCCAACAAAGAGUUUCAGGUUCUUUAACCGUGCAGCAUUGAAACAGGACAAUGAGGUUAAUGCAGACGGCACAAUUCGCAAGCAAUGGAGACUAUGCAGCGUUCAACAAGUGGAAGAUUUCAAAGCAGUCAUAAGAAUCAUCCCUCUUGUGUUAGCCAUAAUAUUCUUGAGCACUCCAAUAGCGAUGCAGCUAGGCUUAACAGUAAUUCAAGCAUUCUCUACUUUGGUCAUUCAGUCUCAGGAGACUUUUAUUAGCUUGAGAUAUGAAGAUUCUCACCUAGAGAGUUGUGGUAACUUGACUGACAAGAUAAAAGAUACAAGGUUACAUGGUGUUGCUGUUCUCAUUGAUUUAGUCUCUGGUGAUACAGAAGCUCAAAGCUCUGGCGAUCCAAGCGGCAAGCGCGGUGGCUGGAUCACUUUUCCUUUCAUGAUCGCUACGUUGUUAGGCCUUUCAGUGACUUCUUUCGGAUGGGUAAUGAACUUGAUCGUCUUCUUAAUCGAAGAGUUCAACAUCAAGAGCAUCGCUGCUGCGCAGAUUUCAAAUAUUGCCAAUGGAUGUCUCAGCAUGUUGCCUGUUGUUGCAGCCAUUUUAGCUGACUCUUUCUUCGGUAACAUUCCCGUCAUCGCGGCCUCUGCUUUCAUUUCUCUGCUUGGCAUCAGUCUCUUGACUCUUAUUGCAUCUUUGGACUACUUGAGACCCCGACCGUGUGAAACAGGGUCAAUCCUAUGCACAUCGCCAUCAAAACUCCAGCUCGGGAUCUUGUAUGCAGCCUUAGCUCUAGUGACCACUGGAUCAGGUGGGACGCGGUUCACCAUGGCAUCCGCGGGUGCAAACCAAUAUGAGAAGCCUAAAGAACAAGGAAGCUUCUUCAACUGGUACUUCCUCACACUAUACGCUGGAGCUAUUACUGGCGCAACAGCAAUUGUAUAUAUACAGGACAAUGCUAGCUGGAAACUUGGGUUCGGUCUCUGCGCUGCUGCUAAUUUGAUCAGUUUUAUAGUUUUUGUCUCUGGGAAGAGAUACUACAAGCAUGACAAACCCAUGGGAAGUCCCUUCACAAGUCUGAUCCGCGUUAUAGUCGCUGCUACAGCAAAAAGGAAGGCUGUGAUUUCAUCCAAAGAAGAAGACUAUCACCGUGGGCUCGGAAAAGAGGCCAGGACUUCUGUUGCAAUGCCCUCCAAGAGCUUCAGGUGAAAACAAAAAUAUUGCCUGAUU